CCCAACCACAAUUUGUUACAACACUACUUACCAAUUACACUUUACACACCAUGUUUGUAUAUGGAAUAUACCACCAGCGACCGCGGAUACCACUUACCUCCUCUUGACUUUUCAAUAACCAACCCUUCGCUCGCAAAAUCUACACUUUCCACGUCAAAUCCUCUUUCGUCAUACAACCAGCCCUUAUCUUCAUAUUUUGUCUCCUCAUUACCCACUCCUCCCUUUGCUGCUACCCGCCCUCCUUGCCAAUGUAUUGCCUGAACAAAAAAGAACAACAAAAGAACAAAAAAGAACAAAAACAGAACAAACAAAAAAGAAUAAACAAAAAAAGAUGAGUGUCCAUGGGCCUUGAAACAUUGUAAAAUGUUCUCGGGGUUUUAUUAAAUUUAUUAUUAAAUACAUGGCGG